AUGGGGCGGAGGGCGCGGUGCAGGCGGCUUCAGCAGCAGCAGCAGCAGCAGCGGCAGCCCGAGGGAACGGAGGACGGCGCCGAGGGCGCCGGAAAGCGCCAUGACGCGGGCUGGGAAGGCGGGUACCCCGAGAUCGUCAAGGAGAACAAGCUCUUCGAACACUACUACCAGGAGCUCAAGAUCGUACCCGAGGGCGAGUGGGACCAGUUCAUGGAAGCGCUCAGGGAGCCCCUCCCGGCCACCUUAAGAAUUACUGGUUACAAGAGCCAUGCAAAAGAGAUUCUACAUUGCUUAAAGAACAAGUAUUUCAAAGAAUUGGAGGACCUGGAGGUGGAUGGUCAGAAAGUUGAAGUUCCACAACCUCUGAGUUGGUAUCCUGAAGAACUUGCCUGGCACACAAAUUUGAGCCGAAAAAUUUUGAGAAAGUCUCCACAAUUAGAAAAGUUUCACCAGUUUCUGGUUAGCGAAACGGAAUCUGGAAAUAUCAGUCGUCAAGAAGCUGUUAGUAUGAUUCCUCCAUUGCUGCUUAAUGCUCAACCUCACCAUAAGAUCUUAGAUAUGUGUGCAGCACCUGGAUCAAAGACCACACAAUUAAUUGAAAUGCUGCAUGCUGACAUGAAUGUCCCCUUUCCAGAGGGAUUUGUCAUUGCAAAUGAUGUGGACAACAAGCGCUGCUAUCUGCUUGUUCAUCAGGCCAAAAGGUUGAGCAGUCCCUGCAUCAUGGUGGUCAACCACGAUGCGUCCAGCAUACCAAGACUCAUGAUAGAUGUGAAUGGAAAGAAAGAGGUUCUCUUCUACGAUCGAAUCCUGUGUGACGUCCCAUGCAGUGGAGAUGGCACCAUGAGAAAAAACAUUGAUGUCUGGAAAAAGUGGACCACCUUAAAUAGCUUGCAGCUGCAUGGCUUACAACUGCGGAUCGCUACACGGGGUGCUGAACAGCUAGUGGAAGGUGGCCGGAUGGUAUAUUCUACGUGUUCACUGAAUCCCAUUGAAGAUGAAGCAGUCAUAGCAUCUUUACUAGAAAAAAGUGAAGGUGCUUUGGAGCUUGCUGAUGUGUCUUCUGAAUUGCCAGGACUGAAAUGGAUGCCUGGACUCACACAAUGGAAGGUAAUGACGAAAGAUGGGCAGUGGUUUGCGGAAUGGGAGGAGGUUCCUCACAGCAGACAUACCCAGAUUCGGCCAACCAUGUUCCCACCAAAGGACCCAGAGAAGUUGCAGGCGAUGCAUCUAGAGCGGUGUCUUAGAAUAUUACCACAUCAUCAAAAUACUGGAGGGUUCUUUGUGGCAGUAUUAGUGAAAAAGUCUUCAAUGCCAUGGAAUAAACGUCCACCAAAGCUGCAGGGGGAGUCUGCGAAGCCAAGAGACCCUGUGCAGUCCAGCCCUGCAGUUCCCACGGGAGAGAAAGCUGAGGGCCCCUCAGAGCUGGAAAGGAAACUGGACACUGGAAUUGGUGAUGCAGAAAUAAUAGAAAGGACUGAGGAUUUAGAGAAUAAUGGAAAUAAGAAAGAUGGCGUGUGUGGUCCCCCUCCAUCGAAGAAAAUGAAGUUAUUUGGAUUUAAAGAAGAUCCAUUUGUGUUUAUUCCUGAAGAUGACCCAUUAUUUCCACCAAUCCAGAAAUUUUAUGCUUUAGAUCCUUCAUUCCCAAGGAUGAAUUUGUUAACUCGAACUACAGAAGGGAAGAAGAGACAACUCUACAUGGUUUCCAAAGAACUGAGAAACGUGCUGCUGAACAAUAGUGAGAGGAUGAAGGUUAUUAAUACCGGGAUAAAAGUCUGGUGUCGAAAUAGCAGUGGAGAAGAGUUUGAUUGUGCUUUCCGGUUAGCACAGGAGGGAAUCUAUACAUUGUAUCCAUUUAUUAAUUCAAGAAUUAUCACUGUAUCAUUGGAAGAUGUUAAAAUUCUAUUAACCCAGGAAAAUCCAUUUCUUAGAAAACUUAGCAGUGAGGCAUACAUCCAAGCCAAGGACCUGGUCAAGGGGAGCGUCGUCUUGAAGUACGAGCCUGAUCCUACGAAACCAGAUACCCUGCAGUGUCCCAUUGUGUUGUGUGGAUGGCGGGGAAAGACAUCAAUUCGAACUUUUGUGCCCAAGAAUGAAAGGCUGCAUUAUCUCAGGAUGAUGGGGCUGGAGGUGUUGGCAGAAAAGAGAAAAGAGGGGACUGCUCUGACGGACGAGAGUGCAGCCAGCUCUGGACCUCUUGAAGAUGAGGAGGUGAGUGCCGACCAGAAAACAGAACAGACUGCCAGUCCAGACGCCACCAGCACAGGCAGUGACUCAGUCGGGGGGGCCACUGUGCCCCGGUGA